GAAGAGGCCAACGAGAAGGUGAGAUCAAUGAUAAGGUUUCGCCCAAUCCAGGAAGUUUGUGGCGACAGUAGUAUAAAAACAGAAGGACUGAAGCAGAGGUCCUCAAUAUAAAGGAUUCCUGUACAGUGGUAGCAUGAAGGGGAAACUUUCUAUCAACAUGGUAACUGCUGCGACCUCGAAGGGCUCUGUGAGAUCAGUUGGACUGUCUCUUAUCCUCUUGUCUUUUUUCCUUUACAUAGCUGAUUCUUAUCCAAACACUGAGUUGUCAAACAUGGGCUGCGAGGAGUGCACGCUGAGGAGGAACAUUUUUUUCUCCACGGAUCGGCCAAUCUUCCAGUGCGUGGGCUGCUGCUUCUCCCAGGCGUACCCGACGCCUCUCAAGGCAAUGAAUACGAUGGCGACCCCUAAGAACAUCACCUCGGAGGCAACAUGCUGCGUCGCAAAGCACAGCUACGAGACGGAGGUGGCCGCCAUCAAGGUGAGGAACCACACAGAGUGCCACUGCCACACCUGCUAUCAUCACAAGAUAUGACAGAUGAGAAGUGGAGGCCGUUCCUGCUGCGCUCAGCUUGCCAACAAAUUGUGUUUCUUGUAAUAGGCUAAAGCUUUUCUGUCAUUUUAAAGUGCAUGUUCUGGAGUUGAAAGAUAAUAUUUUUUAGCAAUCCUGUGCCUUUGAUGUGUAAUUAGCCUUCGAUUAUGCAUUGAUAAAUGUACUGUAUAUUGAAAAGCAAAUAAAAUAUGCACCCAGA